GCCAGUGUACCACGAACUUCUGAACGGAACUGUACAUUCCAGAGCCAGUGCCUGCCCUGGAUGCCCAGUACUUGCCAACAUUGCGUAACAGAGACGUGACUGAUCGCCCAAGCGGCUAAGGAGUCGAUAUAGUUGUGACUUAAGUAUGACUACAAUGUGGAAAGAAUGAACAAAAUCGAACAACUCCUUCUGGUGGUAGUGCUGUUCUCAUAUGUUACCGAAGGCCACUUCCUGAGUGGGAGGAUCAAUAGGAGUUGGCGCCUUGAUGUGAAUUGUCCUUAUUUUCGUCCAUAUUUCGUCUUUAUAAGGUGUGUGCAGGUGUGUAGAGAUCAUCCGUAACUACAUCUGUACCUACACCUGUACCCAUACGCCCCCAUACACCUGUCCGUAAUUAGAAUAGUGAACUGAACUACGUCUCUACAAGAUGAGGUUUCGAUUUUGCUGGGACGUCGACUGCCCCGAUUGGCUGCUGGCAGAAAUAGCUACGCUCUCCAAACUGAGUUCAGUCAAGCUACGACUCCUGGCAGCUGCUGUAGCCAAGGGGUGUUAUGGCCAGCCUCUCUCGUACGAUGUUGUCACCAAGCUGUCCAGCGAUGCCAAACUAGCGGAGAAGGAGGCGCAGGCUGUGGUCGCUGCUGUACGGUGGGUGCUGGAGAGUGCCGCAGGGGCUGUGGUGGCUGCGGCUGUGCUGGACUCUGAGCUGCAACAACUGGGUCUGCCUAAGGAACAUGCAGCAGCCAUCACCAAGGUCUAUGGCGACCACCACCAACAACUUCUGCAGCACCUACGUCAUACUAGUCUCAAAGCCGGGGGUGACGUCAACUGGUCAAGCCGUGUCAUGGGUCUAGCUGUGGGAGGGACUCAGAAACCCAUAGUCCGACUCAGUCUCCAGAAUGGCCCGUCUACGCCCACCACCCUCACCGUCACGCCCAGUCAACUACACGCCCUCAUUCAAGAGUUGACUGAAGCCCGACAGAUGAUGGAGAGCAUCCACUAGAGGGGGUGUUACGCCUUGGUGGGUGACGGUUACCUCCGAUGUACGAUGGAUGACGAUAAUAAUACCUGUCUUCUCUGAUUUACGAUGGAUGAAGAUUGUAGUACUGUACCUCUGAUUUUCGAUGGAUGACGGCCACCUCUGAAUUACAGUGGAUGACAGUAACCUCUCCCUUACACGACGGAUGACGAUAUCAGUACAGUACCUCUGUGAUUUACGAUGGGUGACAACUACCUCUGAACCACGAUGGAUGACAACCACCUCUGAUAUUCGACGGAUGACAACCGACUCUUCCGACAAGCAUCAUCAUGUAUUACUAAGCAAGCACCUGAGUCUUAAAUCUUGAAAUGCAUCUCUUAAGGUAUUCAAAUUCUUAAGCCAAAUUCUGUCGACUAACCUAACCUAUGAUACCUAACCUAACCUAACUCAAAACUUUAGGUAAUUUUUAUAGAUAUAGUUAGUUUAUAGUAAUACUAAUUUAUAUUCCAAAAUUUUGAUAAAAGUUUAUAUUAAUCUAAUUUAUAUGCCAAGACUCAAUUAUCAUCUACUAUAUAGGAAUAUAUUAGUUGUAACACCUUUUGAAACUGUAAUAUAAAUUGUUUUCAUUAACCUGUAUUCCUGAUGCAUUAACUAAUACAUUAACUUCAGAAAUUAGUUUGAGUUACAGUGUAUAAUUAGAAUUUUGAAAUUUAACUUGAUAUUUCUGUAAUGUUGAUGUAAUUUGUGGUAGAUUAUGUCAAUGUAACUGUAACAAUUAGGAAAGAUACAAGAUUUAUGUAUUGUCAGUUCUGUACUUGGAUGAGAUUACAGUACAGUACAUUAGCUGUGUUUUGAGGAGGUAUUGUGUGUGUUGUACUCAGUCUGUCUAUCUAACCAUAACUUACAACACGAUAGUUAUUAAUACCAUCACAAUACUGACCAAUCACAGUACAGUAUCACCUGAUUAAUGCCAUGCCUUAGUUUUACGCUUCGUCGAUACAGCAAGACCUCUAUUUAAUGGACUGUAGGGAGAGGAAUGUCCAUUGUAUCAAAGGUUUGUGAGAUAUGAAACCCCUGUUGACGAAUUAUAUAGAGAUGAAGGUCCAUUAUAUCGAGGGUUACACUAUAUAAACAUUAUCAUCUGCUGUAAUUAAAUAUACAUCAAUUAAGUACUGUAAUGUGUGUUGUACAGUUGAUAAUUAAUUAAAGGUGAUUAUUAUGAUUAGAUUUUCUUAGACGUAUUUUUCUUUGUUAUUUGAGUUUAAUUAAAAGACAUUCCAUAUAA